AUGUCCGAUAUCGUGCACCACUUCUUCCGUGUUAAGGGUGGUGCCACUAAAACAACUGCAUCGGCGGCACCGACUGUGCAUGUUGCGGUGCAGGGGUGCUGCCACGGGGAGCUUGACAAAAUCUACGCCGCCUGCGCGGCACACGAGGCGGCAACUGGAAAGCGCAUCGGCUUUCUCAUUUGCUGCGGCGACUUUCAGGCGGUCCGCGACGCACGCGACUUGAGGAGUAUGGCGGUCCCAGAGAAGUACCGCGUGCUGGGGGAUUUCGCGGCCUAUUACCGUGGCGAGAAGCACGCGCCCUACCUGACGCUCUUCGUUGGCGGCAACCACGAGAACUCGGACUGGCUCGCUACAGAGAGCUACGGCGGUUUCCUGGCGCCCAACAUCUACUACAUGGGACACUCGGGGGUUGUGGUGGUCGACGGGUGCGUUACUGUUGCGGGCCUGAGCGGUAUCUUUAAAGGAAUUGACUACACGCGGCCGUACCCCGACCGCCCCUUCCACGCGACGGAGGCGGCAAAGCGCUCCGCCUACCACGUGCGGCGUAUCGAAGUGGAGAAGCUCAAGGCUUUCUCACUGGGACUUGAAUCUCUUCGACGACAGCAGCAGCAGCAUGAGUCAACAGCAACAUCCAUCCCGGCGAAGCCUGGCGCGCCGCCAUCGCGAUCUGCUGCAGCAUUUCCUCGCGUGAGUUUGUGUGUUUCACACGAUUGGCCUGUGGGGAUCACCAAGUACGGUGACGAAACACAGCUGUUGCGCUACAAACCCUACUUCGAGGAUGACAUUCGGCACAGUGCGUUAGGAAACCCACAUACGAUGCCGCUGCUUCGCGCUGCUAAGCCGCACUUCUGGCUUUCCGCGCACUUGCACUGCCAGUUUGAGGCCACUGUGCCGCAUCAUGACGUGGAAAAAGACGCUUCUGCUGCUGCUGCUGUUGCCCCUCGGGCAACGAAGUUUCUUGCGCUGGAUAAGUGCGCUAAGGGGAAGGGAUUUCUCGAUUUUAUUGACGUUGCCGUUGACGUUGGCACCCACACAAUGGUAGAUGGUGCGGACAAACACGCAACAGGACACAGCCGUGUCGUACACCACCCGCUGUGGCUGGAGGUGCUACGAGAGACGCAUGACUGCCUUGCGGCGAACAACGGCCGAUGGUCGGCGGCGUCGUGCGCGUUGCUGCAGCAGCACCCAGAGCAGUUGCAGUGUGCUGACACGUGGCUACCGGCCAGCAGCACUAUGGCAGUUUUGGCGGCCUUGAAGGUGUCGCCUUCCCCGCUGCAGCGCCCGCCUCCUGGCGAUGAGGCGCGUGGGAGUUGGGCCAGAGGCAUUGCGAAGGAUAGUGACGGAAGAAGUCGUACCACACCAGCAAUACCAACAGCAUCGAAGACGACAAUAGCAGUCACCGCGUCUGGAAGGGAGGGCGAGUUAGACGAGUUGGCGUUGAUGGAAGACACUGCUGGGUCCUCCUGA